UCGUGUGUUUGUUCUCAAAUUUGAGAUCUCAUUCUGCUUUUUGUUCUGUCCAUCUGUCUCCAACUCAUUCACUUUGUCUAUCUCCAUGUUGUUCUGUUCUGCUGUACCCCUGUUGUUCUGUAUUACUGGCCCAGUAUAACUUUGGCCAUCUUCUCCCAUGUCAUUCUGUCCUCCCCUUCCAAUGUUCAUUUGUGCAUCUGUCUCAAUGUCAUUCUCUUCGCCUGACCCUAUGUUGUUCUCUCGAACUGUACCCAUGUCAUUCUUCCCAUUAGUCCCUAUGCUGUUUUGUUCAUUCGGUCCAUUUGUGUCACUCUCUCAAUCUGUCCCAUUAUCAUUCAGUCCAUCUGUCCUUGUGUCAAUCUGUCUGUCUGUCCCCAUUCUGUUAGGUUCAUUUGGUCCACCUGUCCUUGUGUCAUUCGAUCCAUCUGUCCUUGUGUCCCCAUGUUGUUUUGUUCAUUUGGUCCACCUGUCCUUGUGUCAUUCGAUCCAUCUGUCCUUGUGUCCCCAUGUUGUUUUGUUCAUUUGGUCCACCUGUCCUUGUGUCAUUCGAUCCAUCUGUCCUUGUGUCCCCAUGUUGUUUUGUUCAUUUGGUCCAUCUGUCCUUGUGUCAUUCGCUUCAUCUAUGGGCACCAGUAAACC